AUGGCCGAUGCUUUGCUUACAGUGGCUUUCGACUUGUUGAUCCAGAGCGUGGAGUGGGCGAUAGCCCGAGCCCGAGCCCGAGCCCUAGCCGUAGAUCAUGAUGAGAUCCGUAACCUGAACUUACACGUCGGCUUUGACUCAAGUCAAAGGAAGAACACACCGCUUCAUAUUGCUGCAAGAGUAGGGAACAAGAAAAUACUGGAAGCGUUACUCAGCGAGGGUACGCCAGCUUGGCUUCUCACUGAGAACUCUAAACAUGAAACCCCACUUCACACUGUAGCUAGAUCUGGCCAUGUUCAUGUGGUAAAAUUUCUUAUUAAUUGGGCGACCGAGUCCACAGAUGUCGAAACUGGAGGGAUACAACAGGUACUGAGAAUGAGAAACAUGGAAGGCAACACGCCAUUACAUGAAGCUGUUAGAAAUGGUCACCAUUCUACUGUGCUAGUAUUCAUGGAAGCAAAGGACUCAGAUCUGUUUGUUUCACUCAACAAUGCUGGGGAGUCUCCACUUUUAAUGGCUGUUGAUACUAGGGCAAGUGAAAUUGUGAAAACUAUAUUACCAAAUUCAAAGCCCUCUUCUCUUCUCCAUAGAAGUUCAAACGGCCAGACAAUUCUCCACAGGGCCAUUCUGAGAGCUGAUUUGAGUAAGAUUCUUUUUCCAUUUUUUUUUGCCUUUUCCAGGCUUUGA